AUGACUGGUCCCACGGCGGCUACUCCACCCGCGGACAGACCGGCGAAUCUCUUUGUCUUUUGCCUCACUCUCCUCUCCAGCCUCCUCAUCCUCCCGGGCAGCGUCUACUCGCUCGUUUGCCUGCACAGGACGAAGAACAGGAAUUCUCUCGUGAUGAUCGUGGCCUCGCUUUCCGCGGAUGACCUCCUGUAUGUGGUGGCGAUGACCAUAUUCAUGCCCCUUCAGUGGGCGAGUAAGGCGGUACUCACCAUCGCCUGCCCUGCAGCGGCCGUGCUCUACUUAUUGCACGGGGUCUCCAGUGCUCUAAAGUCUUCACUGAUUGUCACCUAUAAUUACUACACCACCAGCGGUUCCAGUCUUUGCAAAGGGAGACGGACUUGUAUGUCCAUGACAUGGAUCCUGGCGAUUUUCUGGGGCUGUAGCCUGUUCGUGUGUCUGCUGCCAGUUUUGGGAUGGGGUUCCUACGUUCCGACGGCAUGGGGAUGCCUCGCCGACCACAGAAGCUCUUACGUUCCAUUCCUCUUUGGUUUGUACUCCAUUUGCCUCGUUGUUCUCAUUGGCUUCUCCGUCCCGCUCACCUACAAACUGCUUUGUUCCGAUUGGCAACAUCACGGACCCUUCUCUCUCAAUUAUCACGAAGUGGCAGACGGCGCGACUCCGGCCAGCAAAGUCUCUGUCUUGGAGCAUCCGGGGGACAGAACUUUGAGGACUGAUGUAAACUGGAGCAACGACUUCCAGAGUCGCUCCGAGACCUCUCAUUCACCGCAAUGCCCGAGCGGGGACUUCGGGUCGACUCACCGGGCGGUCGUCUUCGCUCAAAAGCGUUUUGCCUUGAUUUUAGCCAUGACAAAGAUUGUACUAUGGCUUCCUCUAAUGAUACAAUUGCUCGUCAAUCAUAUCACCAAAGCCGAGAAGGUGUCCUUUGAGUCUCUGGGCUUCGUCCUGACCUUGCUAGCGGCUGCUAUAACGCCACUGUUUGUUCUGUCUGAACGAUGGAUUCAUCUGCCAUGUGGCUGCAUCAUCAACUGCAGGAACACUGCGUACACAUUUGCCUCAGAGCCAGCUAAAGGAAAACGCAAAGGUUUUGAAUUCAACCUGUCAUUGCAACAAGGCUAUGGAAUUUAUAAGAUAUCACAAGCAAGUAACUGCACUGGCCAGGAAAGUAAGCCCCUGUCUCACCAGAACCUUACCACUCAUCAGCCUGAUGGCUGUAGAUUCCUCCCUGUGGGAAAAGAGGGAACUCGGAGCAACAUCCCAAUCGAGAUCAGCACCACCGCUCCACUGGACUGCUCCCCGUGGUCUCCACUUGAGCAAGCCCGUCCGCAGAACCUCAGCGACAAGGACGCAGGGAAGUCAUGUAACAGCACCCCAAACGGCGCGGAGAGCAAACUGGCGCAGGAGGAAGGGCGCAAACCAGAACUUGUGGAUUGGGAAUGGUGCCGAAGUAAGUCGGAAAGGACUCCCCGUCAGCGGCCUGGUGCUCUGUCGAUCCCAGUGUGCGCCUUCCAAGGAAUGGUGUCGCUGCACGCCCCAUCCACCGGCAAGACCCUCUCGCUGUCCACGUACGAAAUCAGCGGUGAUGGCCAGAAGAUCACGCCGGUGGCCAAGAAGGUGGAGGUGUACCGCUCAAAGAGUGUGGGCCAUGAGCCCAGCAGUGAGGACUCGCCAGGGAACCUCGCUGACACCAAUGUCAAGAUCCACCUGGAAGUCCUGGAGAUCUGUGAGAACGAGGAAGCACUGGAUACCGUCUCCAUCAUCAGCAACAUCAGCCAAUCCUCUGCCCACGUCCGCUCGCCCUCCCUGCGCUACUCUCGCCGGGAGAACCGCUUCAUCUCCGUUGACCUGGCUGAGUCGGCCUCGUACUCGUUGCUCAUCCCCACCAACCGCUCCGGCAGUGACAUCAGCAUCUCCAUCCCAGACACCGUGGAGGCCCACCGACAGAACAGCCACAAGCAGCACCAGGAUCCAUCUGGCUACCGGGAAGAGAUACAGCUCCUGAAUGAGGCUUACAGAAAGAGGGAGGAAUGCUCAAAGAACUGCUGA